CUAGGAUUGAGAGGUGGGAUCAUUCUCUGCAAUGUGCUCAACAAGGUUUACUCUGGAGCUGUGCCCAAGGUGGUGGAAAGUCCAUGUGAUUCUGCUUUGGUUCUUGAUGGGGCCGCAUUGUCCGCAUUUGGCUGCUGUAUUUUAUGCACAGAAAAGGAAAUAUUCUGAUAAGUUAGGACCUCAAUGGAGCAAGGAGGAGCUUGAGCAUUUUUAUCAAGCCUAUUGGAAAUAUGGAAAAGACUGGAAGAAGGUGGCUGCUGUAGUACAUAACGGAUCCGUUGAGAUGGUGGAGGCUCUCUACAUUACAAACUGGGUUGGUAGCGUCCAUUACUGUUAG